CCCCUGCAGGCACCGAUCCGCCGCUGUACAGAGGGGGCGGCUCCUGGAGUAGGGCUGUUCCGGCCCCCGCCCCGCACAACCCCGGCAUGGGGAGCGGGCGCCGCGGCCCGCCUCAGGGCCAGGACCUCUGCGGCUAAUCAGCUGGGAGGGGACGGCCUCCGCCCAUGUGGUCAGCGCGGGGCGGUGGCAUUCGCUCGGUCACUGCCCCGGCCCAGCCCUGCUGCGGGGUCACGUGGGCGCAGGUAACUUGGUUUAAAGCAGAUACAAUGGUGAAACUAAUUCAUACCUUAGCUGAUCACAGUGAUGAUGUCAACUACUGUGCCUUCUCCUCUUCCUGCUUGGCUACUUGCUCCCUGGAUAAAACAGUCCGCCUCUAUUCUUUAAACAACUUUACUGAACUUCCCUACUCACCGUUAAAAGGUCACACUUAUGCUGUCCACUGCUGCUGCUUUUCUCCUUCUGGACAUAUUUUAGCUUCAUGUUCGACAGAUGGUACUACGAUGCUGUGGAAUACUCAUAAUGGUCAGACGCAGGCAGUCCUGAAGCAGCCCCGUGGCAGCCCUGUAAGAGUCUGCCGAUUUUCCCCUGACUCUGCUUACCUAGUCUCCGGUGCAGCUGAUGGUAGCAUUGUUCUCUGGAAUGUGCAGUCAUUGAAAUUGUACAGAUCUGGGAGCGUUAAGGAUGGUUCCUUGAUGGCGUGUGCGUUUUCUCCUAAUGGAAAUCUCUUUGUCACUGGAUCAUCAUGUGGAGAUUUAACCAUUUGGGAUGAUAAAAUGAGAUGCUUGUACAAUGAAAAAGGACAUGAUCUUGGUGUCACCUGCUGUGAUUUUUCUUCACAGGCAGUUUCUGAUGGAGAACAAGGAUCCAGAUAUUUCCGAAUGGCAUCUUGUGGUCAGGAUAACCAGAUCAAGCUUUGGCUUAUUUCACUGGCUGAUGUCUUAGGUUGUGAAUUAAAAUAUGAAUGCACAUUGAAUGGACACUCUGCCCCAGUCCUGGCUUGCGCUUUUUCCUCUGAUGGGCAGAUGUUAGUUUCAGGAUCUGUGGACAAAUCCAUCAUAAUACAUGACACUAAAACUGGGAGCAUCCUGCACACUUUAACUCAGCAUACCAGAUAUGUUACAACUUGUGCCUUUGCACCAAAUAUUCCAUUACUUGCAACAGGUUCAAUGGAUAAAACUGUGAAUAUCUGGCAAUUUGAUCCAAAGCAACAUUGUGCAGGAAGUGGACUGGAAGAUGAACCUAAGAUGUCUAUUGAGAACUGGUCAGAGGAAGAGGUCUCAGUCUGGCUUUGUGCACAAGGUUUAAAAGACCUUGUUGGGAUUUUCAAGAUGAAUAACAUUGAUGGCAAAGAGCUGCUGAGUCUUACAAAACACAGUCUGACUAACGACUUAAAAAUUGCUCUUCUUUGAAGGGGGAGGUGAAAGAUCUUCAGGGUACCCCCCAAGGAGGAAUUUUCAAAUGCUCCUUCCUGGGUCUAGGGGUUUUUUUUGCAUUUGGGUGGUGGCAGCGUUUACCAAGCCAAGGUCAGAGAAAAGCUGUAACCUUGGGAGUUUAAUACAAACCUGGAGUGGCAAGUAUUAAUUUUUAAAAUCCUUGCGAGCCCCCACCUUCUGUACUCAAAGUGACAGAGUGAGGAUUCAGCCUUGACAUGUGUACACACUAUAGUCAAUGAUUCUAGCUAAUGUAAGCAGUGAACUGUUUUUUGUUGAUUUUUUUUCCUGUCAGUCUAAAGAAUCUGUGUGUGUUUGAAACAUGUAGAAGCCAUCAACCCUGGAUUUAGUUGUGAAUUAUUUGGGGUGGAAAAUACUGUAAUUGAAAGAAAUCUCAUAAACAAAAAUAUGUGCUUUUUGCUAGAUUUUUUUUCCGUUAGCCAUAGACGUUACGUUAGUUUCUAAAGUUAGUUAGUAGGGAUUAGAAGAAGCUUGCUUGGUACAAGUAGUUUUUACAACUAUUAAUCAAAAAGACACCUGGUAUACAGUCCUACAGUUUUAUGCCAAUAAAGUUGGGAGCUAUAUUGCAGAAGUCUGCCCAGAGGAAGUACUCUUCUAUCAGGGCUGGGCUGUGGAUGUCUGGCAUGCCCAGUCAGCUGCUGAGUUGUGACUGGGGACAAUAGCAGGGCAAGCAAGGUCAGAAAGCCGGGAAGUCAGGGUUGGGCACUAGCAUGUCAGAGUUGAACCAGGUCAGGAUACCAAGAAGUCAGGGCUGGGUGCCAGGUUACAGAUAACAAUCCAGUAGUGAAAUCAAGGACAGAUCAGGGUCAGAGGCCGGAGUCUAGGGUCUGUCGCAAACAGGGUCUGGAGCAGAAGUAAGCAGGCAGGCAGUCUUGUUGUUGCUCAGACAGCUCACCAUCAUGGCUUCCUAAUUUAUAUACUGGUAUUGGCCAGUCAGUGAGCUGGGAGUGGCCUCUGCUUAGGCCCUGUUGGUGGUACUUCCUGCUGAGCCUAGCUUUGCAGGGUCCUCCUAUGCACACCUACCUCUAAUGGCAAUGCAGAGGCGUCAGUGGCCGAGAACCCCAAUGGGCUCAGAUUCUAGCCCUACAAGUUCUUACAUACAUAUACUAAUUGUGAGAGGCCCCAGGGUACAAUUUGGACUGUUGAAUCAUUGUGCCCCCUUAACUCUCCAGUCUGGUGUGUCCUAUGCCCUGCUUUGCAGUGCGAGCUGCCACUUGGCCCACUCACCCCUGCCUCUAGCGUGCAAGUCACCCCCAGACAACUACUAGAGUGCUAUGCUCAGCCACUCUUGAAUUACACAUAAGGCGACACCUGCAUAUCCCUCAGCCCCAGCUUUGCACGGCACCCCAGAAAUGUGCGUCUUACACUGCUCAAGACCUCAUUGAUCAGAGUAAGCUCAUUAGUUUGUCAUUCCAUCAAAGGGUAUGAAUAUGCACCAGCCCUUGUAACCGGAAUAGAUUCCCCAAACUUAGGUCAAAAACACACUGGCUUAGAGAAAACAUAAAAUAAGUAUAUUAACACAGAAAUAUAGAUUUUAAGUGAUAAGUGGUGUUGAAUUGGUUACAAAAGGAAAUAAAAGGUAAAAUCACAGUCUAAUUCCUAAACUCUAUCAAGCUAAGUCAAGUUUGAAGUAACAAGGUUUCUCUUACCCAAUUGCCUACAGCAGUCUGUGCUAACUGGAAAGCUUUUCCAGUUAGGACCACUCCCCCCAGUCCAAAUCUUCCUUUGUCUUCCAGAUGAUCUUGUUGCCUUCAGAAUAGGUAGGGAAGGAGAGGUGGUCUGGGGCCUUUGUUCCCCCUUUUAAUGUCUUGACUCUUUUUACUGGAAAAGUCCUUGCUGCAUCAUGGGGUCAGGCAGCUCCAUGGUUUACGUGCUCGAGCAACUAUCUUUCAUGUGAAUUAUAAAUUUCUUGUUAACAACUCCUCCCCUGCUAGUGAAUGGCCGGUGAUGGUUGCUUUACACCUGGCUGGGUGUUGGUCGCUCUUUUGUUGCCACUGAAGAGCCAGUCUGUGGACAUUGCCCAGACUCCUGUUUCAGUAGCAAACAUACAACAAAAUUUCAUGACUUCAUGUACCAUGAUACACAGAUUUUAACAGGACAGUGAUGUUCAAAAGACCAUAACUUUUCCAAUGAUACCUCACAAGGCAUGCUUUGUACAAAUAGAUCAUAACCAUAUACAAGUGGUGAGUAUGGGGGUACAGGGUAUUAUUUUGAGGUACACUAUGUCACACUAAUAGACAAGGUCACAACAAAUAUUUUACAAUGAGGUACUAGUAUAUGUCAGAUCACAGGAGGCAUUAUUGCAUGAACUACCUCAUUGGGUUCUAGAAGUCAGUAGUUAGCUCUUGCAAUUCUGAGAGUAGGUAUCCAUAAAAGACCGUUCUCCCAAGGAAGACCAUUUCUGAAAAGCAAAUGAUAAAAUCAGUUUCUGUAUAAAUUUUAUUAAACGUUGGAGAUGGCCUAAAA